AUGGCUGAGUAUCAGGUGAUCAAGUGUGUGGUGGUGGGCAACAGUGCAGUGGGCAAGACAUGCCUGCUCAUCUCCUACACAACCAACACCUUCCCAGGUGAGUACAUGCCCACAAUCUUCAACAAUUACUCAGCCAACAUGUUCUACAACAAUCACAAGGUCAUCAAUCUCAGCCUAUGGGACACAGCCAGCCAGGAGGAGUACAACCACCUGCACCCACUGUCCUACCCACACACCAACAUCUUCAUGCUCUGCUACUCAGCCAUCAAUCCUGUGUCACUGGCCAACAUCAAGCAAAAGUGGCUGCCCAAGGUGCACCACCACUGCCCCAAGGCACCCAUCCUACUUGUCACCACCAAGAGCAACCUGCACAACAACCACCACAUGGUGGCCAAGCUGCAGGCCAAGCUGCUGCUGGGUGUCAAGCCAUGCAUGGCCACCAAGCAGGGCCACAAGCUGGCCAAUGAGAUCAGGGCCACCACAUUCAUCAAGUGCUUGGCCUGGAUGCAGGACAACCUCACCCUCAUCUUCAAUGAGGCCAUCUGUGUUGCCCUCAAGCUGCCACCUGCCAAGAAGAAGAAGAGUGGCAAGCAUGAGAAGAAGUGCUCCCUCUUCUAG